GUUGCUACACAGGAACUGAGCCAAAUAGAUCGAGAAUAUGAAAUUUAGUUUUGGAAUUCGCAUGCUGAUACUCAGCAUAGCUUGUGCCAUAGGUGGAUCGCAAGCUAUGGAAAAUGAGAAUGCAGUUACAGAGGAAGUAUCGACAACCCCUGCGGCCACUCCUUCGACAACAACGAUGGAAGAGUUAUCGACAACAACCACAGAAUCAUCUAUGGAUUUAACAUCGACCACAACAGCCGGACAAUCUUCGGAUCCAACACCAACAACAGCACCAACAUCACCACCGACAACACCACCUAUCACACCACCGACAACACCACCGACAACACCACCGACAACACCACCGACAACACCACCGACAACACCACCGACAACACCACCGACAACACCACCGACAACACCACCGACAACACCACCGACAACACCACCGACAACACCACCGACAACACCAUCAACUAAUGGAGGUAAAAACGAGGUGAUCAAUCUCCAGAUUCAGCACAUACUGGUAAUCUCUAAGACAGGUCAUUAUGUCGGCAAUAUGGAAUUCGAUCAGCAAUCGACCCUUCUUCGACUGGCAGGAGAUCUGGGUCCAAACUCCGUGGAGUUAAAGCAACACGCAUAUGAUAAGUUUGUAAGCUACAAUUCGCUGAGACUAAAACUGGAGGGCGAUUUGGCCAAUAGAAUUGCGGUCAUUGACAACUACUUUUAUCAUGAAGACACCAUCGAUGAGUGCAAAAUCUUUUAUCAUAAACAAAGGAGGGAAUUAAUCCAAGCGUAUAGCGAGUCAAAUUCGUUGAAGUCCUAUAAACUGCAAAUCUAUGGCGAAACUUGUCCCUAUUCGGAUUAUACAGAAAGCAUUGAAGAUAACGAUGAAGAUUAUGAUUAUCAUUUUUGGCCUUUCUUUAGUUCACAGCUGUCUUCCCUAUAUUAAAUAUUAUAUUAAAUGAAGUAAACGCAUUACAUUAUAAUAAAGGAAUAUAUAUAUAUAUAA